AUGACUCAAUCGUGGUUCUACAAAAGGUUGGGAAAUGGCCUCGGCACAAAGAUUCUCCGCACAUGGCUCGUCUACUCUCCAACGAAGGGCGCAGCUUACUGCUUCUGCUGCCUUCUCUUCGCCAGAGCUGAUGGACACAAUUCAGCACUGACGUCCUCCCAAGGAUUCACGAAGUGGAAAAAUAUAGAAAGGAUGGAUGCUCAUGAAAAUGCUCCGUCUCAUAGAGCCUGUUUCGCUGAUUGGAAAGAGCUCGAAAGAAAUCUGAGAACUAAUAGCGCUAUCGAUAUCGAAGUGCAAUCAGUGUAUGCAACCGAGAAACAGAAAUGGAGGUAUGUUCUCAGCAGAAUAAGUCACUGCAUCAAAUUCCUGGCUACACAGAAUUUGCCACUCAGAGGCCACCGGGAAAACCAAUGCGAAGACGUGGGUAAUAUCGGGAAUUUUCUCGGCCUAAUGAAGCUCGUCGCAAACUUCGACCCAAUCAUCAAGGACCACAUGACUCGCUCUCGGGGAAAUCCGGGCUCGACGUCCUAUCUGGGGUCUAGAACGCAGAAUGAGCUCAUUCAUCUCAUGGCAGGACAAGUGAAGGAAAAACUCCUGAGAAAAAUCAGAAAGGCCAAAUAUUACGGGAUUCUCGUGGAUUCCACACCCGAUCUUGCUCACAGAGAGCAACUUUCGUUCGUGUUGAGAUAUGUCGACGUUGAUUAUGAACAGAAAAAAGCUCAGGUCAGGGAGUCUUUCCUCGGCUUCGUUCAAGUACAUGAAAAGAAUGCUGAGGCAUUGGUAGCGACGAUCUUGAAAAACUUGAGGACGACAAGCUGGAUUUCGGGAACUGCCGGUCCCAAUGCUAUGACAAUGCCGCCGUCAUGGCCGGUCACCGCUCCGGUGUGA